GCUGCCACUGCCGCCUCCCCUUCUGCCCCCCGCCCCCAUUCCGCGCGCCUCUCACACCCUCCUCCCCUUCUUCCAGCAUCUCUUGGUGGAGCACUGCAGGGACUCGGCCCGGGCUGCCGUCUCCCCGACCCGGGGGAAAGCUGUGACCCCCCCGCAGGAGCGGCGGGGCGGGGUGGGGGGCCCGGGAGAAGAUGGCGACGCCGGGAAGCGAACCCCAGCCUUUCGUCCCUGCCCUGUCAGUGGCUACUCUGCACCCCCAUCAUCAUCCCCCCCACCACCACCAUCAGCACCACGGAGGAGCCGGAGCCAGCGGCGGGGCCGGAGGAGGCGGCGGCGGCGGCGGGGGCUUCAACCUGCCCUUGAACCGGGGGCUGGAGCGCGCGCUGGAGGAAGCGGCCAACUCCGGGGGGUUGAACCUCAGUGCUAGGAAACUGAAGGAAUUUCCGAGGACGGCGGCCCCCGCGCACGACCUCUCGGACACGGUGCAGGCAGAUUUAUCUAAAAACAGACUGGUUGAAGUUCCAAUGGAAUUGUGCCAUUUUGUAUCACUGGAAAUUCUUAAUCUGUAUCAUAAUUGUAUCAGAGUCAUUCCGGAGGCCAUCAUUAAUCUGCAGAUGCUGACUUACUUAAAUUUAAGUCGGAAUCAGCUGUCCGCCCUGCCUGCCUGCCUGUGUGGUCUUCCUCUCAAAGUCUUAAUUGCAAGUAACAACAAACUUGGAUCACUGCCUGAAGAGAUAGGUCAGCUCAAACAGUUAAUGGAGUUGGACGUCAGCUGCAACGAGAUCACAGCCCUGCCUCAGCAGAUAGGGCAACUGAAAUCCCUACGAGAACUGAAUGUCAGAAGAAAUUACCUUAAAGUUUUACCACAAGAACUAGUAGAUCUUCCCUUGGUAAAGUUUGACUUUUCCUGCAAUAAAGUGCUCGUGAUUCCCAUUUGUUUUAGAGAGAUGAAGCAGCUGCAAGUAUUACUGCUUGAGAAUAACCCUUUGCAGUCUCCUCCAGCACAGAUUUGCACCAAGGGCAAAGUGCACAUAUUUAAGUAUCUGAGCAUCCAAGCAUGCCAGAUUAAGACAACGGACUCCCUUUAUCUCCACACCAUGGAGAGGCCACAUUUACACCAGCACGUGGAAGACGGCAAGAAGGAUUCUGACUCGGGCGUUGGGAGUGAUAAUGGAGAUAAGCGAUUAUCUGCCACAGAGCCUUCUGAUGAAGACACCAUUAGCCUCAAUGUGCCAAUGUCAAAUAUCAUGGAAGAAGAACAGAUCAAGGAGGACUCCUGCCAUCGCCUUAGUCCAGUUAAAGGGGAAUUUCAUCAGGAAUUUCAACCAGCGCCUUCCCUUGUGAGUGACAAUGAGAACUCAGGAGAAGAGAGAGACCAUUCCCAUGGAACAGACGUUCUCCAUUCGGAAUUUAUAAACUAUAUUAAGGAAAGGACUGAGGCCUGUGAAGAACUGUUACGGAUAGAAGAGGACGCGCACUGGCCAUCCGAGGGGAUAGUAAGUUCAUCCAAAGACCAGGACAUGAAUAUAGCAAUGAUUGAACAGCUGAGAGAAGCGGUGGAUUUGCUGCAAGAUCCCAAUAGAUUAAGCACAGAUAUUACAGAGAGAAGUGUUGUAAACUUUUACCCUGUGGACUCAGCAGAAGACUUAGAAUUACAAGACUCUGCACUAAAUGGUCAAAUACAGUUGGAGACAUCUCCAGAAUGUGAGGUGCAAAAUGAUCUAACAUUACAGAGUAAUGGGAGCGAGUAUUCUCCCAGUGAGAUGAGAGAGAACUCCCCUGCCGUCUCUCCUACCAACACUAGCACAGCUCUGUUUGGCCUGAAGCCUCGAUCAGUGUUUCUUAGACCACAGAGAAAUUUGGAAUCUAUAGACCCACAGUUUACAAUUCGGCGGAAAAUGGAGCAGAUGAGAGAAGAAAAAGAACUGGUGGAACAGCUCCGAGAGAGCAUCGAGAUGAGACUCAAGGUCAGCCUGCACGAAGACCUGGGGGCUGCCCUCAUGGAUGGCGUCGUCCUCUGCCAUCUAGUCAACCACAUCCGCCCACGAUCCGUCGCAAGCAUCCAUGUCCCCUCACCAGCAGUUCCUAAACUUAGCAUGGCCAAAUGCAGAAGAAACGUGGAAAACUUCCUGGAAGCAUGCCGAAAAUUAGGAGUACCAGAGGAAAAACUGUGUCUGCCCCAUCACAUCCUUGAAGAGAAAGGCCUGGUCAAAGUGGGCAUCACCGUUCAAGCAUUGCUAGACGUAACUGUAACAAAGGCUCUAUUCACAUGAGACCAACUCCUCUCCUUUGGGUCGUGGCUCAGACGCUUUUCCGGUCAGAGAUCAUAAACUCUCCUCUCUCUCAGCACCUGCCCCCUCCAACCUCCCACUCACUGCUUGUCAGUUCCCCGACUCUAGUUGAAUUGACCGGAGGACACAAAAGAAGAUUUUCUACCUUUCAUAACUGACUCUGACAUUAAGACCUGACAGGUAUUUGCCUAAAACCCCGUGAGGGGGCUGGUUCUGAAGGACCAAGCAGCUCAUCAAUGCCUUCUACAACCUCCUUCAUCCCUUCCAUCCAUGCU